UCCCCGGUAGCUAGCUCUCCUGUAGGCCCUCUCUCCGCCCGUGACCACCACCAAGAGGCGUCCCCGGCAGCAAUCAACGACGGCGGCAGGGACGCUUCCCGACGUCUCAACUCUCAAGUUGGAACAGACUGAGGGUAAUUCCGUGACAAGUAACCCGCCACAUCCAUCUCAAUCCUUCCUACCCUCCACCAACAACCAUGCCGACGCCUCCGACUCCGGCGACGAGGCCUGCACCGACGCUGCCGAACGAGCUUAUCGAGGAGGUCUUCCUCCGCCUCCCACCGGACGAGCCCUCGAGCCUCAUGCGUGCCUCCCUGGCCAGCAAUUUUUGGCUCGGCCUCCUCACCGGCACUAGCUUCUCCGUUCGCUACCGAGAGUUCCAUGAUACUCCCCCCAUGCUUGGCUUCUUUUAUUCUUGGCUCCACGCCGACCGCCCCCACGACGAAGGAGAACGGCCCGUCCAGCGCUUUGCCUUCACCACAAAAUUCGGCGCGCGCAUUCCCGAGGUCCAGGAAUGGGACGACUAUGAAGCGUUGGACUGCCGCCAUGGCCGCGUUCUCUUUGAAAACCCCUUUGGUUGCCCCGCUCCGCUGUUCGUUUGGGACCCCAUGACAGGCUGCACGAGAUACCUGGAGAAGCCCGAUGGAUGCUGGGGCGAUGGAGCCACGGUGGUCUGUGCUGUGAGCGGCUGUGACCACCGCUUGUGUGACGGAGGGCCCGUCCGUGUGGUCUUUUUCACGACCGCUGACGGUGAUGGUUGUGUUGCACACGUGUCCGUCGCGUUGCUGGAGAUGGAUGAUGCAUGGAGCGAGAGCUCUGAUCUUGAUCUUGAGCUUGAGUGGACCCUGAGCCCUGGUCUUGAACUUGAAGCUAGGCAUGCAUUCAUUCCUGAAAUAAUGCCCCCUGUCCUCAUCAAAGACGCACUCCACUUCAUGCUUUCCAUUGUUGAUGGUGUUCGUGACAUGGCUAUUCUCAAGUACGACAUGGCCUCUGAUGGCUUGUCAUUGAUUGAUCUACCGGACGUGCGCUCUAAUGGCUUACCACUCAAAGACCAUUCCUUUAUCCCCAUGGCCAUGGGGGAUGGCAAUUUGGGGUUUGCACAAGUGGACGGGUUAACCCUCAACCUAUGGUCAGGCUCAAUCCAGACGGGUGCCGAGGGCCUUGCGUCAUGGACUCAGCAUAGAGUUGUCGAUCUUCAGAACCUUCUCCCUAUUCAGAAUCCCAAGGAAAGUCUUAGGCUGAUUGGAUCCGUGGAAGGCAGUGAUAUCAUUUUCGUGACUACAGACCUUGGCAUCUACCAGAUUAGUCUCAAGUCCCUCAUAUGGAAGAAGCUAUGGAAGAGCGAGAAGUUCAGUGCUUUGAUUCCCUACAUGAGUUUCUACAAUCCACAAGAGAGGAUCAACCCCUACGAUGAAGCUCAUUGAUGGCUUAGUGUUGGAUGUGCUUAAGAGCAGAAGGCCAAUAUCAUCAAUUGGAAAAAUGACCACUUGAAGGGGCAACGUGGUCUCGUGAUGAAUUAUGCACUAUUAAUAGCUGGUUUGGUGCAAUGGUGUUUGUUUUGUCAUUUUGUUGGUAACUUAGUCGGCCAGCUUAAUAAUUCCAGGUGUUAAGUGGCAUGCGUAAGCGGGUGAAGGGAUUAUCUUUGUAAUGAACCUACUAGUUGUCACAGGAUUUACGGAUGGACAGAGCUAACCGACUUUAAUCUUCUUCCUCAUAAUUGAAAUGUCUUAUCUUUCUGUAAUUGAUGUCUUAAUAUCUUUCAAUAUCAAGUUGCCGUAUUUGGUUUGCCGCCUCUUCAUGCCUACAUAUUGCCUCACACUAGAGGUCUCUCAUUUUGCAUCAUGCUUAUCGACAUCUAGAACCUUUGUGCAAC